UAUACAUACUUUUGGCUUGGAGAAGAAGACAUCCCAAGUUUGGAAUUCAUGAUAUGCUGUGCAACGGUUUUUAACUUAUUGCUACACGUAACAGAAUGCAAAACGAUAACGAACCAAAUCCAAAAAUGGAGCGCCAACAACGUGAACCAAAGCACCAUAAAUCUGUUGAUUUGCUACUGCUGUUGAGCAAAUUCGGGAACGAGAAGAAGCAGAUUGCACCCUCUCUGAAAUGGAGAAACCAACGAGCAGCUCCGUGAAUGUGCCCACUGCCGGCACGGCGUCGAUGCUGGUGGAGACGGUGGCUGAUUUGAUGUCUAUGUAUAUGCAGACUGGUCACCUAAAUAAUCUCUCAGUUUUCAGCGACCUCUGCUUCUCUCUAGCCAAAGGCAUUGAUCAUGCAGUUGCUAACAACGAGGUCCCCUUAAGAUCACAUGAGCUACCGUCACUGUUGAAACAGGUGUACAAGUAUAGGAGUGACUUUUCCAUUCAAGAGGCUUCUAUGGUGCUACUGAUGUACAUCAAGAGUGCGUGCAAGGUUGGAUGGUUUCGGAAUGAAGAUGCUAGUGAUCUGCUUAAACUUACCGAGGAGGUUAGCAGAUACUUCUCUAGUGCUGAAGAUGUUGACGUUGAACCCCGCUGUGUCCAGCCUUUUGUUUCAAGAGUAUUACCAAGAUUCUGUCCAAAGCUGAGGAUGGACAGGAUAAUAGCCGCUUUUCAAAUCAAGGCAGGUUACUUUAUCUACUGCAGUUGCUGCAAGCUGAAAAUAUAGAGGUCUUAUCGGUUAUUUGUGUGUAGCCUGGAUUUGGAGCCUUUCAUGCUGGUUUUCAUAUUAUAAGGGGAAUGUUCUCUCCAGGGAAGGAAGAUAUAGUAAGUACCUUUUUUAUAUUCCUUAGAGGUGUAAAAGCGAGAUGGAUCAUUGAAAGCACAUUAUGUUUAUUUCACAUAUGUUGCAUGUUGCUUAUACUCUAGUUGAACAAGAAUUGAGUGUUCUAUUAUUAAUAUCUUUUCUUUUGUGAAACGUUUGUGGUUCUCUCGUAUAAAUGUUUGCAUUCUACAUUUCAGUAGACACCUGCUUCCUGUGUCCAAAUGAACCUUUGCAUUGUUUCACAUUUUUUGGCUUCACUAUUGGGGAAUUCCAGAUAAUUUAUAGCUAGAGAACUGUUGCCAAUUCUUUUGAACUGUUCUAAUUGAAUAAUGCAAGU